AUGAACUCUUCGUCCGCGAUCGGGUCCGUCUUUUCUUGCCCACAGUAUCCCAACUUUGUGUGGGAUCUAACUGACAAAGUCUUCCCCUGGAUAAUGGUCGCAAUCGUAUCUAUCGCAUCUCCCGCUGCGGUCAUUUUGAACAUUUUGGUUAUUGCAGCAGUCAGAUCAAGAAAGGAACUGCAAACAAAUACGAACAUUUUGUUGUCGAGCAUGGCCGUUGCGGACAUUUUGGUAAGUGCGAUAAACAUGCCUUUAUCAGCCAUUGUUGACUUUGUUAUUUCCCGGCAAGUUUUUGAUGAUCGUAUUUGCUCAGUAGACUUGGUUAACGUCUACUUGAUGCACGCUUUAACAACUUGUACCCUAUACCAUUUGAUCCUCAUCGCUUGGGACAGGUACCAGGCAAUACGGAAUUGUUAUGAUUACAAAGCGAAAAUGACAAGACGCCACCUCAAGCAACUCGCCAUAACAACUUGGCUCUUAGCCGCGUUAACACCAAUUCCAGGUAUUGUAGUAACAACCUACGGCAUCAACUACGAUUUUAUCAUUGAGGCUAUCUCUGCAUUUUUCUUAUUAAUUCUAGUCUGUCUAAUCGCUUAUUUUUACUUCAUGAUGUAUCGUGAAGCGCGCAAACGAAGACUGAUUACCCAAGUCACUGCUCUGGUGAAAACAAAACUCGAAAACAGAGUUAUUAUGACAUGCGCAUUGGCUUCAGCAGCUGUUAUUCUUUCCUUUGUUCCCUUGGUUACUGUUGGAUUGUUGGGAGAAUUGUACCCAGGCCUUCGCAAGAGUUCUGUCUUUCGGUCAGCAGAGACACUAGUGCAAAUGAACUCUGUCGUGAAUCCACUAAUUUACUUCUACAGAAACCACCGCUUUAGAAACACCAUUCUCGACAUUUUACCCUUAAGAAAACACCCCGUAACCAGGUCAAAAGUUGCUCCCAUGCAAUACGUCAGAUCAAAGGAUCUUUUUUUAAUGGAAGGUACUCAAAAACAACCAAAUGCUUACGCCCGUCGCCUUUUGUCAAGAUCAGCGUCAUGCGAAUUAGCCAACGUGACAGAAUUAUUUGGUGGAAUGAAGAAAAGACCUGUGUCAUCUCCUUCACUAAUCAGAUCACAUGGCAAUUUUUUUGACAGUCCCCAGCUGCAGAAUCCCUCGUCCAUUUUAACAGUUGUUGCGACCGUCCACCCUCAA